UGCUGGAGUAUUGUAAGCUGUUUCCUGUAUGCUGCGGACUGUUUGCUACUACCUGUAUGCUGCGGACUGUUUGCUACUACCUGUAUGCUGCGGACUGUUUGCUCUCGCAUCAGACGUUACUCGGAGGCCAUGACGCUGCCAGACUCCUUCAUCCAGCACCAGCAGCUGGACGCCAGCAUGGCCGACACCUUCCUGGAGCACCUGUGUCUGCUGGACAUCGACCAGGAGCCCAUCACCGCUCGCAACACCAGCAUCGUGUGCACCAUCGGUCCUGCUUCCCGCUCCGUUCCCAAGCUGCAGGAGAUGAUCAAAGCCGGAAUGAACAUCGCAAGGCUGAACUUCUCCCAUGGCUCACACGAGUACCACGUGGAAACCAUUAAAAGAAUCCGGCAGGCCGUGGAGACCGUAACCUCUGACCCCUUGUACUACCGACCGGUGGCCAUCGCCUUGGACACGAAGGGACCGGAGAUCCGUACUGGACUAGUCAACGGGAAAGUGGAGGAGGAGGUGCAGCUGCAAAAGGGCAGCCAGGUCCGGGUGGUGACUGCAGAGUGUGCCAAGGACUGCACAGACGGGAAGACCAUCUGGGUGGACUAUCCCAGCCUGCCUCGGGUCCUGAAAGCAGGCAGCAAGAUGUACAUCGACGACGGCCUCAUCGGACUCAAAGUUCUGGAAACAGGUCCGGACUGGGUGGAGGCGGAGGUGGAGGCCGACGGUGUGCUGGGCAGCCGCAAAGGGGUCAACCUGCCCGGCUGCGACCUGGUGGACCUGCAGGCCAUCAGCCAGCGAGACGAGGCCGACCUGAGGCUGGGCGUGGCCCAGGGUGUGGACAUGGUCUUCGCCAGCUUCAUCCGCUCCGCCCAGGACGUCAGGGACGUGAGGCGGGCCCUGGGGGCGCACGGGAGGGAGGUCAAGGUCAUCAGCAAGGUGGAGAGCCGGCAAGGGGUCAACAACUUCCAGGAGAUCCUGGCUGAGAGCGAUGGUGUGAUGGUUGCCAGGGGCGACCUGGGCAUCGAGAUCCCUGUGGAGAAAGUCUUCAUCGCCCAGAAGAUGAUGAUUGGUCGAUGCAACUCUGCUGGCAAACCUGUCAUCUGUGCCACUCAGAUGCUGGAGAGCAUGGUGUCCCACCCUCGGCCCACCAGAGCAGAGGGCAGUGAUGUCGCCAACGCCGUGUUGGACGGAGCCGACUGCGUGAUGUUGUCUGGCGAGACAGCCAAGGGUCUAUUUUCUGUGGAGGCGGUGGCCAUGAUGCACUCGAUCUGCAGGGAGGCAGAGGCGGCCAUUUUCCACCAGCAGCAAUUUGAGGAGCUGCGGCGUCUGACUCCUUUGUCGUCGGACCCCACAGAGGUGACCGCCAUCGGGGCCGUGGAGUCGUCCUUCAAGUGCUGCGCGGGGGCCAUCAUAGUCCUCACCACCAGCGGCAGGUCAGCACACCUGCUGUCCAGGUAUCGCCCCCGCUGUCCAAUCAUUGCCGUCACCAGGAGCCCGCAGGUGGCGCGUCAGUCCCAGCUGCUCCGGGGGGUUUUCCCCGCCCUCUUCCACCCGCUGCCGGCCCCCGUGUGGGCGGACGACGUGGACAACCGGGUCAACUUCGGCAUGGACAUAGGUAAGGCCAGAGGAUUCUUCAAGUCCGGGGACAUGGUGAUCGUGGUGACCGGCUGGAUCCCCGGCUCGGGACACACCAACAUCAUGAGGGCCGUCCACAGCCUGUGACCACCCGCCCAGGUGCCGCCUUCCACCAGCAACACCCGUGCCAGCAAGAACUUCUUCCAGUCCCAGUCCCAGUCCCAGUCCCAGUCCCAGUCCCAGUCCUCCUUCUUCUGUGUUGUGAGUGUCGGGCUUCAGUGUGAUACUUGUGUCCGCUGAGAUGAUAUCGGCACACUGCCUCUUUAAGGGCUCCUAUUAGGACUUCCUUGUGGUCUACACGUUGUUCCUCAACCAUAGGGCCAGGGCCCGUUGAGGCUUAGGUCAGGCUGAUUGCAAAAGUAAAAGAACUUGGGAAAAAUACAUUUAGUGAAAGAAAGAAAGUAAGCAUCAUGAAAAGAUACCAAAGUGUCAAUAAAAUGAAAGUGCAAAUAAAACCACC